UAUCACAUUUUCUGAAUCAGCCUUAAAGGAAGCGGCAUGUCAGAGUCGGACGACUAUGUCAAGGCUCGGGUGAUGUUCAAGGAGGAACAGAUCUCCGAGUUCAAGAUGGCGUUUGACAUGUUCGACGAGGAUGGCGGCGGUGACAUCAGCACCAAGGAGCUGGGUACCAUCAUGAAGAGGCUGGGCAUGAGCAUCUCCAGAGAGGAGCUGCAGCAGAUGAUUGAAGAGGUGGACGAGGACGGCAGCGGUACCAUCGACUUCGAGGAGUUCCUGGAGAUGAUGGCCAGGGCCAUGCAGGACAGUGAGCGAGAGAUUCCCGACGAUGAACUGCGUGCAGCCUUCAGGGUCCUGGACAAGAACGGAGAUGGUUUCAUCGACAAGGACGAGUUCCGGGCGCUGGCAUCAGAGUGCGCUGGGGAUGACUUGACAGAUGAUGAGCUCCAUGAGUUUAUGGACGAGUAUGACGGAAACAGGGACGGAAGGUUUGACUAUGAGGAGUGGAAGGAGCUUAUCCAGGAACUGAAGAUCCGGUGGUAGAAACCUCAAGCAGCACUCUAAUCCGCCAUGUUCAAACCAACACCAGCCUUCCGCCUGUGCGAGGCCGCUCCUCGCAGUUCCGGAGGACCAGAGCUGACACCACGGUCCUACAGACGGUCUGGCCACGGCCACACUUUCAGCUUUCUUCGUGCCACUCUGCAUUACAACCGUGUUUUUAAAACUUUAUUUUGUGUAUUUUAGCUUUUAGUACAUUUCGAAAUGCUGACAGUUGUUAGGAACCGCGUAGGGAUUGUUUCCGAAAAGCCAUGUGAAAACCGUUUGUAUCACCAUUUCUAUUGUAAAACCGAUGUACAUAAGGAAAUGAGCCUUUUCCUGUGAAGUUGAUUUGUUGUCUGUUAUUGUACCUUUUCACCGAAUGCCCAAAUCCUAUCUGUAACGGAAGUAGCAGGAUCCGGUAGGUUUUACUGUAAUAAACCUGGUCUCCAGUG